GCAGGGACUAAAGAGGCCGGGAGGAAGGGCCUCAGCAAGAACGCCCUCAGCAAGAACGCCUCACCGAUCGAUGGGUCGCGCACAGCGAGGCGCGAACUUCCGGCGCUCUCCCCUGCGCGGGGCGGGGCUUCCGGUGAGAGCGCCGCUUCCGAUCAGGGCGAGGCUUCCGGUCAGGGAGGGCCCGGGUGACGGGGGUGGAGAUCCCUCGCUGCACGUGGCUCGCGCUCUGGGCGGAAGGACUUCUGAGCGGUUUGCGAGCGGGCAUCCGCGGAGAGGCCGUUGGAUCGGCGGGUGGAACCGUCUCUGUGCCGUUCCCGCCCCAGCGCAGGGCGAGCGGCCCCCGGUGGCGCUGAGGCUCUGCGCGCCUGCGUCAUGGACUACCGGCGGCUGCUGAUGAGUCGGGUGGUCCCGGGGCAGUUUGACGACGCCGACUCCUCCGACAGUGAAAACAUUGACUUGAAGACAACCAAAAAGGAAGAUGAUGUUCUGUUUGAAGACUUUCAAAACAAUGUGAAUGAGCAUUUGAUUGAAGGUGAGAUAGAAGAGGAGGAGGAGGAGGAUUAUGACGCCGACGAUGAUUGGGACUGGGAUGUUGGAGCUGGAAGACUCACCAGGUGUCACGGAGCAGGGAAUCCGCAGGCAAAUCGACAGACUUCCAACUGCAAUUCAGCCAAAAUGUCUACUCCAGCAGACAAGGUCUUACGGAAAUUUGAGAAUAAAAUUAAUCUAGAUAAACUAAAUGUUACUGAUUCUGUCAUAAACAAAGUCACCGAAAAGUCUAGACAAAAGGAAGCAGAUAUGUAUCGUAUCAAAGAUAAGGCGGACAGAGCAACUGUGGAGCAGGUGCUGGAUCCCAGGACGCGGAUGAUCCUGUUCAAGAUGUUGACGAGAGGCGUCAUAUCAGAGAUCAACGGCUGCAUCAGCACAGGGAAAGAAGCCAAUGUGUACCAUGCUAGCACACCAGAUGGAGAGAGCAGAGCAAUCAAAAUUUAUAAAACUUCCAUCUUGGUGUUUAAAGACCGGGACAAGUAUGUGAGCGGGGAAUUCAGAUUUCGUCAUGGCUACUGUAAAGGCAACCCCAGGAAGAUGGUGAAAACGUGGGCAGAAAAAGAAAUGAGGAACUUAAUCAGGCUAAACACCGCAGAGAUCCCGUGCCCAGAGCCUAUCCUGCUGAGAAGCCAUGUUCUUGUCAUGGGGUUCAUUGGUAAAGAUGACAUGCCAGCGCCACUCUUGAAAAACGUGCAGUUAUCAGAAUCCAAGGCCCGGGAGCUGUACGUGCAGGUCAUCGAGUGCAUGCGGAGGAUGUAUCAGGACGCCCGGCUCGUGCACGCGGACCUCAGUGAAUUUAACAUGCUGUACCAGGGCGGAGGCGUGUACAUCAUUGACGUCUCUCAGUCCGUGGAGCACGACCACCCACAUGCCUUGGAGUUCUUGAGGAAGGACUGCGCCAAUGUCAAUGAUUUCUUUCUGAAGCACGGUGUUGCUGUGAUGACUGUACGGGAGCUCUUUGAAUUUGUCACAGAUCCAUCAAUUACGCACGAGAACCUGGACGCCUACCUCUCCAAGGCCAUGGAAAUAGCAUCUCAAAGGACCAGGGAAGAAAGGUCCAGCCAAGACCACGUGGAUGAAGAGGUGUUUAAGCGAGCUUAUAUUCCAAGAACCUUGAAUGAAGUGAAAAAUUACGAGAGGGAUAUGGACAUAAUGAUGAAACUGAAGGAAGAGGACAUGGCCAUGAACGCCCAGCAAGACAACAUUCUGUACCAGACUGUCACGGGAUUAAAGAAAGAUUUGUCAGGAGUUCAGAAGGUCCCUGCACUCCUGGAAAAUCAAGCUCAGGUAAAGACUUGCUCUGAUUCAGAAGAUGCUGGAAGCUCUGAGUGUCCUGACACAGACUCUGAAGAGCAGGGAGACCAUGCCUGCUCCAAGAAGCCCACCGCUGACCUGGAAGUUGAUAAAAAGGAAAGAAAAAAAAUGGUCAAGGAAGCCCAGAGAGAGAAAAGAAAAAACAAAAUUCCUAAACAUGUGAAAAAAAGAAAGGAGAAGACAGCCAAAAUGAAAAAGGGCAAAUAGAACCAGAACUAUAUUCUGUGCAGUAAUUUUCCGUCAGUCACUUUUCCCGCCUGCACGAAGCUGCAUCUGGAGGACGGGGUUAUUGAUUUUAACUGGCCAGUUUUUCCAGCAGUGUCUGUGAAGACUAAUUCAAGUAUUUUCAUGUAAUUAUGUAAAAAGCCCUAAGCUGUUCUGUCUAGAACUUCUGGCUCUGUAUGGUACUGACCGAGGAUUUAUUUAAGCUGCUAUUUUAACGAAGAACUUUAUACAGUUUUAUUUUUGUAUGUUUUUUUCCUCCUGCAGUAUGGUUUUUGAAGCACUGUUAACUAUUUAAAUGUAUUGAGCAUCUGUAGCUUUGAUACAAGUGUUAAGGGCUCUUUGGACAAACUGUUUUUGCUUUGUGCAGGCCGAAGCCCCGUCUGAAACCACUUGUGAGGCUGUGGUUUCUGCAAAAGGGUGUUUCACUUAUAAGAGAAUUCAGCUGGCUGUUGAUACGACCAGUCCUUGCAGCUUUGUUCUGUGUGCAUUGAUGAUCAUUUGUAAAGCACUUACAGCUUCAUCUUUAAUAUUCUUUUUUGAGCUAGGACCUCCUGGUUUGUAAGCAAUUUCACAACUAUUUGGCCUGUUCAUUCAUUCAUCAAACGCUUGAGUAUUUUAGGUACUGAGGAUAUAGCAGUAAACAAAAUGGGCAAAAGUUGCUACGUUCAGGUUGUUUACAUGUUAAUAGAAAGAAAAGACAUUAAACAGAAUAAGUAAGGAGCAAUGUAAAGGCAGAUGAUAAAUUCUGGAGCGAGAAAUAACGCAGAGAAGAGAGAUUGCCCGGGGAGGUGGGAGUGUGCAGCCUUAAAACAGGCCACAUUGAGAGGCCGUAUGUGGGUAAAUACUUGAAGGAUGUGUCACGUGCAUAUCAGGAGAGAACAGUCUUCCAGGCAAAGCGAACAGCAAGUGCAAAGGCCCUGAGGCUGAAGUGUGCCUGCAGUGUCUCAGAAACAAGAGCCUAGAGCACCAUGGCUAAGGGAGAAAGCAGCCGAUGAGAUAAGGUGGUGGUAGGUGCUUGGAAGGUUUUGAGCAGAGGAAUGAUAUGAUCUGACUUCUGUUUUGAAAGGACCGCGGUCAUACUGACGUCCAUGGAUAAUGGAGUAGGAAGCGGGGAUCAGGGCCCAGCUGGCGGUUUAUUGUGGUAACCCCCGUGAGGGAUGCGGGUGGCUUCGUCUAGGAUGGUAGCAGUAGGCAGGGGGAACAGGUGGGACUGGGUGUGCUGAGGACACUGGAGGAGUGUUGAGAGUGCAGGGUGGCUUCAGGCUCUCUGACCCCAGCCACUGGGAGAGGCUGUUGCCGCUGCCUCUUACUGGGUAGAGGGAGGAAUGCGGGUGCGGCAGGUUUGGGGGCAGGAGGUUGAGACAAAAGCUGAUGUUGCAAUAAAGUGCAGAUUGAAAGAAAUGAUCUAUUUAGCUUAAAAAAGACUUCUUUAACCAUAUACUUCAUAUUAGAAAUGCCAGUUUCAGCCCUUGAGUCAGAAGCAAUUUCUAUAAGUAAACAUAGUUUCCUUUAAAC